UUCAAUGAAUCAGCAAUGCGUCAUAACAUGGGAGUACUCGAAUAUUCGCGUACAUGUCAGGCCGCUGUUACGGGAAUGACAAGUGGUAUUUUAGGUCUUACUGGUAUAUCUGGCUUUGUUUUUUAUUUCAUCUUCGUUGCUUUCCAGGCUUGCAUAUGGCAAAUAAAAGCAUCGUUUCAUUGGCGAAAUUAUUUUGUCAGUCAUAGUCUUUCUUUCACUCAUUCUCUUGUGUCUGGGCUUUUUACUUAUAUUCUUUUUUGGGUAUUUCUCUAUGGUAUGGUACAUGUAUAUUAA